CGCUGCCAUUCCUGCAUUAGACGCCCCAUGCUUGGCAUCAACUGAUCACCAUUCCAUCCUUCCCGUCUCACCACAUCCUCCAUUCUCUUUAUCUCUUGCUUCGUCACUCUCUGCCUCUCAGCCAGUUUCUCGCUGGGGGUAUACUGGAUCCAUCCUCUUCUCCAUAACAUAACCUUAUUCUUCCCGUGCGUGCUUGAAUUGUCACCUGCCCAAUCAAUUAAUCAUGGCUCACUCGUCCCGCUGGUGGUUGUAUGUCCAGGCCAUCUUCUGGCGGUUCCUUAUGCGCAUUGGCAUGUUCAUCCACGAUGUCCUUCCCCCACGUCCCUCUCGCCCAACCUUUCGCCGUUCCUUUCCCUCCUCUGAAUCCGACUCGCGUUCCGCGCGGAUCCAUCUUCAUUUCUACUGCCCAAAGGACUAUCAGGUCGCCAAAAAAGAAGGCCGCCGACUUCCGGUCGUCGUCAACUUCCACGGCGGCGGGUUCACCCUCGGCCACGCCACCGACGACAGCCGCUGGGCGCAAUGCAUCUUGUCGGAAGUCGGCGCCGUCGUUGUCAGCGUGGGCUAUCGCCGCGCCCCCGAACAUCCGUUUCCCGCGGCCGUGGACGACGGGGUGCGCGCACUGCAGUAUCUCGCCGCCCACGCUACGGAGCUGAGUCUAGAUGUCUCCCGAAUCGCCCUCAGCGGCUUCUCGGCUGGCGGCAAUUUAGCGGUGACCGUCCCGCUCCGUCUCCGGGGCCUGCUGAGCCAACAGAACUCCAACAACUCCACGCUGUCGCAUGUGAUCCACACCGACUCCUCCCAGCAUCUCGUCCAAUCCCCUUCCAAUGAGCUCAACAUCGUCGCCCUCUUCUGCUGGUACCCCAUCCUCGACUUCGAGGAGUCCCGCGACCACCGCCGCGCCAUGAGCCUCAUGCCCAGCAAGACCCUCCCGGCCUUCUUCACCGACCUCUUCGAUGAAUCCUACCUCCCCGACCACGCCGACCGCCGCUCGCCCUACGCCUCGCCCGUGCGCGCCUCGGACGAGACCCUCGGCGACGCGUUGCCGCACGACAUCUUCCUCUACAUCUGCGAAUGGGACAUGCUGCUUAAGGAGGGUCAGGAGUUCGUGCGCCGCUUGCAGAAGAUCCAGAAGCACGUGCGCGCCAUGAUGAUCGAGAAGGUUCAGCACGGGUGGGACAAGUCACCCAAUCCGUUCCGGGAUCAGGUCAGUGUGGAUAUCCUCUAUCAGGAGGCUUGUGCCGCUAUGAAGCGUAUUUUUGAAUCGUAAAGAACGGACGAAGAGUAGAGCAACCCAAAAGAAGAUGGGCUGUAUCCGUAUACUUGCACGCAUCCACAUACACAACAACCGAGUGCAAGACCUAUUAUUGUUUUCUUUCUAGCGAUGAGCGGGAUUAUCUAUUCUUAAAGCGGGUUAUUUGGGUGGGGGAACAUCUGAGUCUUGCGAUGGUUGGCACCGGCGUCACAACUGGAUGGAUAUCUUUAUGUGUACAUAUGUAUGCGCGCUGCUUUGCGCAGUUUGAUGUUGCUCGGUGGUGUGCAGGCAUCAUCUACAGUCUUGCAUACAAGUGAUUUCUUUACGGGAGGAAUUAGAACGGGCGGAAAAUAGUCCCGUAUCUUGUAUUUAUAAACUCUAAUUUGCCCGCAG